AGAAGAAGAAGGAGGUUGAAGGAACGACGACGACGACGGUGGUGGCGGCGGCGAAGAGGAAGAAGACGCGAAACGGGCAAAAGCCGGCCGAAGAAGAAUUUGAAGAACUGGAGCGGGGAUUCGACCACCAUAUAUAUAAAGUAUCGCGAAUCUUUCGCCUCCACAUUACCAACAACAAACACCACCAUCGAAGCAUCACAGGCUAAGAAAGGGGAAGCAGAGGAAAGAGAAAAACAAAAGUACGAAGGUGGCGACGGCGACCAGAAAUUUUCCAUUGAGAAAAAGUGAAAGAAAUUUUAUUUGUUUCAAAAAGUGAUUUCCUACGAAUUUUCCGAACUCAAAUCGAAGAUGUUCGAGGUUUGAUUCAAGAGAGACGUGUUCAUCGAGGAAAUAUAGCCGAGUGUAGCUACCUACGAUGAAGAUGAUGUCGAUGAGGUCGGGCGCCGUCCUCGUGCUGGCAUUUUUGUGCGUCGAAAAUUCACGUGCCGAUGAUACAUUGAGAAACUCGCCGCCUCAGCCUGCCGAGCCAUCUUUUCCGUGUCCUUCGGAGGGUUUCCAUCCGGAUUCAAAGGAUUGCCAAGUAUUCUAUAGAUGCGUCCUGAACAACGGCACAAACGCUCUGACGCCGGUGCGAUUCGUCUGCGGUCCGGGAACAGUGUUCGAUCCGGCCACCAACAUUUGCAACUAUCCGUAUGCGAGCAGUCGCGAGGAGUGCGGUGGGAACGGGAUCGACGCCGGAUACGAACAGCUUCAGAAGACGACUACGACUUACCGACCAUCGCCUGCUAGUUCCACGUCAACUUCUGGCUAUCUGCCGCCGUCUACCUCCUCUCCGUCGACGGUCAUUUCAACUACACCAGUUUCGAGCGAAAUCGGCGAUAAAUGCACGCAGGAAGGAUACUUGGCCGAUCCGGAAAAGUGCUGGAAGUUCUACAGAUGCGUCGGCGAUGGACUAGGUGGAUUCGUGCGAUACGAAUUUGAGUGCUCGGUCGGCACAGUCUGGGAUCCGGAAGCAGUCGCCUGCAACUAUCCAUGGGAAGUUAAUAGAACCAACUGUAAAACGCAACGCCCACCCGUAGGUCCAGGCGAUGGCGGCACAGGAGGAAACAAUGGUGGAACAGGCGGUACUGGUGGAACGGGAGGAGACAACAGUGGAACGGGCGGUACUGGUGGAACCGGUGGUACCGGAGGAACUGGUGGUACGGGAGGAACAGGAGGUACCGGAGGAACAGGAAAUAAUGGUGGUACCGGAGGAACAGGAGGUACGGGUGGAACAGGCGGUACUGGUGGAACGGGAGGAGACAAUAGUGGAACAGGCGGUACUGGUGGAACAGGAGGUACCGGAGGAACAGGAGGUACCGGAGGAACAGGAGGUACUGGAGGUACCGGAGGACAGAUAUGCAAAGAAGAAGGAUUUGUAGGCGAUGAGAACAAUUGUACCAAAUUCUACCGAUGCUCUAGCAAUGGUCAAGGUGGAUACCUACAGAACGCAUUCAAUUGUGGACCAGGCACUGUUUGGGAUCAAACCAUUCAGUCAUGUAAUCAUAUAUGGGCAGUCAGUGGAAAAUGCGGAAAUGGAGAACAAAAUCAACCAGGAACAGGAGGCCAACCCGGCACUCCAGGCACACCAGGAACAGGAGGCCAACCCG